AUGGAAAAACCGGACGGAACUUUAGAGACACAACCGGAGGCAAAGUGGGGGACGUGGGAAGAGCUGUUGCUUGCGUGCGCCGUUAACCGGUACGGCACCGAUAGCUGGGACUCCGUCGCCGUCGAAGUCCAGAAACGGAGCUCUACGUCCUCCACCCUCAACCGUCUGUUAACGCCGUCUAACUGUAAACGGAAAUAUCACGACCUCAAACGGCGUUACACGACUCCCACAGACCCAAACGGCGACGAUUUUGAAGAUGGUGAUGACAAAAGGACACAGACGAUUCCUUGGCUUGAUGAGUUGAGAAAACUCCGAGUCGCUGAACUCAAACUUGAACUCGAACGUUACGAUCUCUCCAUCGUGUCUUUGCAAUCGAAGGUGAAGAGAUUGACAGAAGAGCGAGAACAGAGUUUGAGAGAAAGUGGAAAUGAAGAAGAGAGAUCAGAUCUGAAAAGUGUAGAGACAGAAAGUGCUGAGGACGAGAAAAGCCAAAGCGAUAAUGAACCGGAGAAGUUAUCACCGGGAUCUGGCGCUAGGAAACCGGUCUCCGGCGAGGAAUCCGGCCGGAUGAACCAGUCGGUGGACGAAUCGAAUUCUACCGAUCCAAAGGAGGAGGAUUUGAAAACCGUGAUAGAACGUGCGGAAAAAGGAAAUGAACCGGAUUCAGGUCCGGGUCGAACCGGAAGCCUGAAGCCGGUUCGGGAGGACUCGUGUAACGGAAGCUCCGAAAGUGUGGAUAAAAAUCCGGUUUUGGAGUCAGUGAAGGUUGAACCGGUGAGUGACUCGGCCGAGUUGUGCGAAUCGGUGGCUGAGUCUGAAGAUGGCGAAGAAGAGGGAGCAAAAGAGACAUCCGAUGUCCAGAGUUCGGCGAGUAAAUCGAUGAAAGAAGGAAAUGAUAAGCUGCUCUGCGGAAGUAGUAGCGCCGGUGAGCGUGAAAAUGAGGGCAAAUCCCUAGCCGUUGAAGGAACUUCUGUUGAAUCUCCUGCGCUUGUUGAUUUCUUGGAAAGACUUCGGAACCACAAGCUUGGCUCGGUUUUUUACAGCCGGCUCGAGAGCCAGGAAACGCCACACUACGGGAAUUUGAUUAAGCAGCAUAUGGAUCUUGAAACAGUACAAACAAGGCUUGAAGAAGGUUGGUACGCAGACUCCAAAAAUAAGUUCUAUCGUGAUCUACAGCUUCUUGUCAACAAUGCCAUUGUCUUCUUCAGCAAGGAGUCCUCAGAAUUUGUUGCUGCCGUUGAACUUCGGCAGCUUAUUUCAAAGGAGAAGAUUCAGAGUAAUGUCGAGUUGGAUUUGCCGGCUGAAAAGCAAACUUCAGUGCCACUGGUAUCCUUGCCUUCAAAACAUGAUGCCGAACCUUCUGAUUCUUUUCUCCUAAAACCAAAGUUAUCAGGACCAUUGAUAGUUUGUCGGAAACGUAGCUCAAUUGCUGCAAAAGCAUCAGCAUCAUCUUCAGAAGGCGAUCCGAAGAGGGAGCAAACAGCAGCUUUGGCUGAGGAAAAACCAGUUCUGGGUUGGAAGAAGCCUAACAAAUCCCUUGUUAACGAAGAGGAACAUAAAAUCACAAAGAAGAGAUCCAGUGAUAGAUUUGCUUCAGGUUCAAAAAUCUCAAAGGGAAACAGCAAGACUCGAACCAACACUAACCCCAACAAGAAUUUAGAGGCAAAUUCCGAUCAAAACCAAGUCAAGGGCAGGUCUUCUGGAGAGCAUUUGGAUCCUAAAAGUGAGAAGAAGAACAACCCAACAACCAGUGAUGUGAAGAAGCGAAGCGCAGCUAACUUCUUGAAUAGAAUGAAGCGAGGCUCAUCCUCAAACAAUGGAUUAUUACUAGAAACAUUGAAGAGCUCACCCCUUAGUGCCGAAAACAAUACCAAAGGAGGAUCUGAGCAGAAGAGGAAUGGCAAUGGGAAGGGCGAUGGAAGGAAAGACCAGGUCCCUAAAAGGACUUCGGGAGGGAGGCAAGUGAAGCAGCAAGGCAGCCCGGCAAAGAGGAGUGUCGGGCGGCCAUCAAAGAGAGCAGCUGCUCCACCUCCACCUCCACCUCCUGUGUUGGGCAAACGGAACAGGGAACGAGUCGAAACUGAAGCAGUGACUUCGAAACAGCCAAAGAAAAGAUCAAGGAAGUGA